AUGGCGACAAGCGUCAAGUUCGCAUGUCUGCUUUCUGUUAUUGACGAAAAUGAGUUAGAAGCACUGCCACAAGAAAUUCGAAGUAAAUUGGAAGACACAAUCAGUUCCAAAGAGUCUGCUAUUGAAAAAUCCAAGGCCGAGAAUGAACGACUGAAAGUAAACGCAGAACAACAGUAUUUUGAAUUGGAGAAGCAGUUGAUAUCUUGCAGUGCCAAAUUGGAGACCAUCAACUCUGAGAGAAACGAGCUGAAAACUGAAAAUACUGAUCUUGAAACCAAGUACAAGUUGGCACAGGAACGUCUGAGGGAGCUUGAAGAUAACAAAGAGGGUAGUUUGUCCACUCAGCUACAAUUAAGCCGAACUAAUGAACAGCUCGAGACUGACAAACGCGAUCUUGUUGAAUUGGUAGAAAAGAAGAAUCAGGAGAUUGAAAGAUUGAAUGAUGAAUGGCAUGAUCUUUCUGAAAAGCUUGGAGCGUCAAAUACAGCUAAAGUUCAGGCCCAGGCCAAAUUAGAUGAACUAUUGGGCGAAGAUGUCACAGCUAAGUACCGCGAAAAGAGACUUGAGCAAGAGAAGGACUUGUUAUCACAACAGAAUGACUGGAUGAGUAAAGAACUGAAAGAAAAAACUAACGAGUUACUUGCCUUCAAGAGAACUAAGUCUGCUGAGAUUCUUGAACUCAAAACAACGCUUGAAACUCAAAGUGAAGAAUUAAAACAUUCACAAGAAGUUUUUGAGACAGUGAAAAAAACAAACGAGAUACAAAGUUCCAGGAUAGAAGCAUUGAUACAAAAAGUUAAAGAUGUGCAUGAUGCGGCCGCACAAAAUGAAGAACAGUCACGCAAUGAAUUAGCAGCACAGACUAAGCUAACAGGGCUGUACAAGUCAGUUGCUGAUGAGUUCAAAGGGAAAGAGACAGAAAUGAUGACAACUAUAGAGGAACUACAGAAAAUAUUGAGACAAACGACGGAGUCACAUACAGAAAUGGAAGAUCAAAUGAAAGAAAUUGAGGAAAAACAUAUUGAAAAAGAAAGGCUUUUAGAAGAGAAGGUUGAAAGUUUAGAAAAGGAGCUUGUGCAUGCAAAUGACUUGAUAGCUGUAGCUAAACGGAAAGGUAUUUCACCGCUGUCCGAAUCAGAGCUGAGUACUUUAUCUCCCACGGCGGCGGCAGCGAGUAGUCUGCUCAAAUCGGGAAUGACAUUAACACAGAUGUACAGUGCCUAUGUUGAAUCUAGUGAUGACUUACAACUGGAGAAGGAAGAAAAUAGAAGAUUAAACAUGUAUCUAGAUCAAAUACUGAAGGAAAUUGAAGAGAAAGCUCCAGUUUUACAGAAACAGAGAGAAGAUUAUGAAAAAUCCCUCCAGACAAUUGAUCAGUUGUCAAGGAGAUUGGAUGGAGCCAUGUUGGAAUGUGAAAAGCUAAGAGUAACAGCAGAUGAGUCAGAGAGGAAAGCAGCACAACAAUUGAGAGAAAAUAAUAGAAUGGUACAACAGACAUCAGAUCUAGGCCAACAGGUGCGAGUAUUAUUGAAGGAAAUAGAGGAGGCACGUGGUCACGUCAGCGGUUCACAUGAAGCUCAUGUUUCAUCCAGUGAUAUUUCUAGCUCGAAUAUUGAGGAGCUACAAGAACAGAAUCAGCAAUUAUUGACUGUUGUCAGAGAGCUGAGCAGUAAGAGAGAACAAGAAGAGAAAGCUACGAGAGAUGAAGAACUCUCUGAAGUGCAUGAAAAAUUGGAGAAGGCUUUAGAAGAAAUUGACGAAUUGAGAACUUCCAGAAACAGACAAGGCUGA